AGCAGAGCGCAUGCGCACCGUUAAUCUCCAGCAUGGCUACGGUGCUGUCACGGGCGCUGAAGCUGCCAGGCAAAAAGAGCCCAGAUCUUGGGGAGUAUGACCCCCUCACUCAGGCUGAUAGUGAUGAGAGUGAAGAUGACCUGGUGAUUAACUUGCAGAAGAAUGGUGGAAUAAAAAAUGGGAACAGUUCCCUGGGGGAGGUGCAGGAUGUGGACUCUGACAUUGAAGUUGGGAUGACAAAGCAGCACCUGUCCAAGGGUGCAGCAGAGGAGUAUCCGAGCAAUGCCAUUGGUAGUCUGGAGCAGAAGACAGCCGGCUCCUUGAUGCCAUUCUUUCGCACAGCGAUCUUUUUGCUCACUGUUGUGGUCUCCAUGAUCCUUGUGCUGGUGUGUGCUUUCCUUAUUCCUUGUCCUCCUAGAGAUCUUCACGUUCAUAAUACCUGGAUUCGCAGCUUGGGCCAGGAGGCAGGUGGGGUGCUUUUUCAGCCGGAACUUUUUGACGUAAAUGGUGAUGGUCUGCCUGACAUUCUGCUCUCCUUCACAGCUUUGAAAAAUGCCAGUGUGUUGGGUGUCUCCAAACCAUGGGUAACUUUGAUGGCCCUUUCUGGUUUGAAUGGCAGCACCCUGUGGUCCACUCAUGUUCCAGAGGAUGUUCGGAGUGUGCAGUGUAAGGGCCUGACCCUUGGGUCCUUGGCGGAGCCUGUCUGCCUCAUUACUGGAGUCUCUAAAUUCCUCAGCCUUCUGCGUGGCUCUUCAGGGGAACCAAUUUGGACACUCAACCGAUCCCACCUGCCCAGUGAAACAUUGGCUGCUCCAGCUGUCACUGUACCAGAUGUGGAUGGAGAUAGGAUCAGUGAUUUAGUGAUCUUGGCACUUGGAAAAGCAAAGACAGACCUGUAUUUCCUCCUAGUAUCUGGUAAAACUGGCAUCCCUGUGGGAGGAUCUGUGAAGUACAGUAUCAGUGGAAAUGGAAAACUGAUCGGGCCGCAGGUUCACAUCACCGGCCAUGGAGCAAUCUACAUCUUGUUUGGCUUUGGUAAUGUACAAGCAGUUGCCCUGCGUGAUAUCUUUGCUCAAGCCAGAAACCAUGAUGGCUUCCCACCCAUGCUGCAGCAGGAAGACCCAGAGUGGGAGAAGCUCAGAUCCUUCAAUUUGUCAGAGCUCAUUGGCAUUUACAGGGAAGGUGUUGAGUUUCUGCAGACAGUAAAGUCUCCAGAUGGCAACUGCAGUGAUCUUCUUAUCACUACUGAACAUGGUCUGACCUUGCUGCGGGGACAGGACUUGAAGCCUUGUUGGGCUCUGGAGCAGCAGGACAUUGACAGCCAGCCUUCCCCUGGCUACUUCAAUGAUGAUUUAACCCUGGACUUCAUGCUUCAGGCACAAAGUGGAAACAGCUUAAUGAAAAAGGUACUGGUAGUGGAUGGUAAAUCAGGCCUUCCAGUCUGGAACUAUGAACUGCCUUGUCACAUGAAAAAAUCAGAUGUGCUGUCAGUGAUGACUCUAGAUAGAAAAUCCGUCUUUCUCUUCUGGGCUAACGAGAAGCAGCCUCUCUUAAAGAGCCUGGAACCCAGCCCAAGAGUUCACCAUCUUUAUCUCCUUCAUCCUGCUUUCCCUACCGUCCUCUUGGACCUUAGCAAUACAACAGGCACAGUGACUGUUUCAUCUAUUGGAAUCAAUGAUCUUCAAAAAGAUGCAUUUUAUGUUACUGUGACAACAAGCCCCACCUCUGAACACCAGCCGGGGUUCCUGUCAGUCAGCAAACUCCGUCUGAAGUGGGCCCUGAUGACUCAAAGCCGAGUGGUGCCCCUGCAGGAAGUAGAGCUCAGAGUCAGCCAUGGGGAACUAAGGCGCUUGCUUUCCAGGAUCAAAUUUACUGAUUUUACUCACAAGUUCUAGGCCUUUGACCCUUCGGGUUUUCUGUGCAAUGGGAUCAAAAUGUGGUCCUCCGUAUCGGCAGGCUAAGUUGAUCAGCCAGACUCC